ACCUGAUCCACUAAUUGACUACUUGGCUUGAUCUCACACCUCUCUCAUCACCACAAACUUGCCUGUGGCUUGAGCUUUUGGUUGAACCUUUCUGCCACCAUUGCAUCCACCUGGGCCCUGGCUGGGGAAAGCCUUGCCUUGGUGGCAGAGCUAACUUCAGAAUUAUGACAGGGACUUGUCCAGGCCUGUUUGGAAGACCUCCAGGGGUGAAGAGACUUCAAGGGUCCCUCCACCCCUCUCCUUGGAAAGUGGUUUUUCUUUCAAUCACAUUUAUGUUGCAACCUGUGUCUCUGAUCUUAAUUGAAAUGAGAACGCAAUGCCAGUUUAUGAGCUGAAGUGAAGGUCAAGUGAUAACUGGAGGUUUCCUAACCUCUUCAAUCGUUUCCACCAGGCAACAGCCCAUGAAAGGGUCUCUGACAUAUGUGAACACUGAGCCCAGAACAUCAAUACCAAGCUGGAGGGGAUGGAAAGGUUUGAUGCUGGAGCCUUCAGUCCACCCUCAGGUUGGGCAGCCCAUGUACUGCCCAAGAGGAAGCCAGUGUAAUGUGAUGAUUCAUCAACAAGGACUUUUUGGAACAAAGCACAUAGCAAAACCAGUGCAGACUUCUGGUGCAGGAGCCAGUGGGGAGGGAAAUUCAGGGUUGAUCAGUAUCAGCAACAGCAUUGAAUCCCCUUGGUUUGAAAUCCAAACUUAAGCAGAAAACUUGUGAACGGGACAGCUGAUGGCCUGACCAGACAAAUGACAGGUACAAUGGAGACUAUGAGCAUUAGCAGAGAAGCAUACCCAGCAAAAGCAGUGAUCUCUUGCUACUGACCACCAUAUCAUCCCAUUGGUGGUAAGGAGUCUCCUGAGGAGAAGGAAGCCAACAGUGCUCUAGGUAUUGGGGUCUAAGUAGUGCCACUGAGGCAUCAGUUCUCUGUUGUCAAACAUGAAACAAUGUCUGUGGACUCUGGACAGACAGGCUGGAGUAGCACCGGACACGUCUAUGACCAACACUGCAGGGUGCUCCUGCACCAUGCAGCACCACUGCGUGUGUGGCAGCCAUGCCCUGUGCCAUGCACUGCAGCCAGACCUUGCACAGCAGUAAAUUGCUUGGAUCAACACGUUGAAAAGUCUCCGAACAGAGUGGCUUUGAUUUGGGAGAGAGAUGAGCCUGGCACUGCAGUGCACGUCACUUACAGGGAACUUCUGGAUCUGACUUGCCGUCUUGCCAACACCCUGAAGAAAUACGGGAUACAGAAAGGGGACAAGGUGGCCAUCUAUAUGCCCGUGUCUCCCUUGUCAGUGGCAUCCAUGCUGGCUUGUGCCAGAAUUGGUGCUGUUCACAGUGUGGUCUUCGCCGGAUUCAGCGCAGAGUCCUUGGCUGGGAGAAUCGUGGACUCUGGAUGCAAAGCAGUUAUCACCUACAACCAGGGAGUCAGGGGAGGCCGAAUCAUAGAGCUGAAGAGGACUGUGGAUGAAGCUGUGAAGAACUGUCCAAGCAUCAAACAUGUCUUUGUGGCUCAGAGGACAGAUAACAAAGUCCAGAUGGGUGACUGUGAUAUUCCCCUUGAAGAGGAGAUGACCAAGGCAGCUUCUGUAUGUACUCCAGAGAGCAUGGACAGUGAAGACAUGCUUUUCAUGCUGUAUACCUCAGGCAGCACUGGGAAACCCAAAGGAAUCGUUCACACCCAGGCUGGAUACCUGCUGUACGCUGCUCUCACGCACAAGUAUGUAUUUGACUACCAGCAAGGCGAUGUUUUUGGCUGUGUGGCUGACAUUGGCUGGAUCACAGGACAUAGCUAUGUUGUGUAUGGACCACUCUGCAAUGGAGCCACCUCUGUCCUCUUUGAAAGCACUCCACUGUACCCUGACCCAGGUCGUUACUGGGAGGUGGUACAAAGGUUGAAAAUUAAUCAGUUUUAUGCAGCACCUACGGCUAUACGCUUACUGCUGAAUUAUGGAGAAGAGUGGGUGAAGAAGUAUGACAGAUCUUCUUUGAAGACUUUGGGUUCAGUGGGAGAGCCCAUCAACAAGGAAGCUUGGCAGUGGUUCUACCAGGUGGUGGGAGAAGGGCGCUGCACCCUCGUGGACACGUGGUGGCAGACAGAAACUGGUGGCAUCUGCAUUGCCCCACGGCCUUCAGAGGAGAAAGCUGAGAUCGUUCCAGCUAUGGCUAUGAGACCUUUCUUUGGGAUUGUGCCUGUGCUGAUGGAUGAGAAUGGAAAGGUUAUAGAGGGCAAUGAUGUGUCCGGUGCGCUCUGCAUUGCCCAGCCGUGGCCUGGCAUGGCGAGAACAAUCUAUGGAGAUCACCAGCGAUUUGUUGAUGUCUAUUUCAGAGCCUACCCAGGUUACUACUUCACAGGGGAUGGUGCUUACAGGACCAAGCAAGGCUAUUACCAGAUAACAGGGCGCACGGACGAUGUCAUUAACAUCAGUGGGCACAGGCUUGGGACAGCAGAGAUAGAAGAUGCAAUGGCUGAUCACCCUGAGGUCCCUGAGACAGCUGUGAUUGGGUAUCCACAUAAGAUCAAAGGAGAAGGUGCCUUUGCUUUCGUAGUGCUAAAGGAGCAGGUGGCUCACGUAGACCGUGUCAAAGAAGAGCUCAAAACCAUAGUAGCUUCCAAGAUAGCAAAAUAUGCUGUGCCUGACCACAUUCUGGUGGUGAAACGUCUCCCUAAAACCCGAUCAGGGAAGAUCAUGAGAAGGCUGCUGAGGAAAGUAGUCACUGAACAAUCAAACAAUAUGGGAGAUGUCACCACACUUGAUGAUCCAAGUGUUGUUAAGGAGAUAUUGGAUGCUUACCAGAAAUACAAGGAGAAGAGUUCCUCAUAACGGGCAUCCCUGGGAUCUGUCUCUUUCAGAAAUGUGGAAGGUCUCAAACAACCAGGCAAAUGACAUACUUCUCUCUUUGUGUUUUUUUAAAACCUGUUUCCUUCUAGGGGAACAAGAUUUCCCACUCCACCACAUCCUUUGAGAUGCACAGGGCUAGGACCAGUCUGCACUUUCACACAGUCAGUGAGCUCCUUUUCAUUGCUUUUAGGGGUGUUGUAGAGCAGCCAUUGGUGGUUUCCAUUAGCUCUGAUGAAAUUUAAUACUAGCUGAAGAAAGAUGCAGAUGUUAAUGUUUCUCAUUGUAAUAUUACUGUACAGGGAAAUGUUUUUUAUACAAUACUUCUUGCUGUUUUAAAAGAAAACGUGGAGUACAGUUCUUCAGUUUUUCCUUCAGCUUGGAUAUCUGAGUUCAGGCAGCUGUAUUUCACUGCAACUGUAGUACCUUUUCAGCAGUGCUGCGUAUUCUAGGAGAUAUUUCAUGUGCAUUAUUGGGGAAAUGAGAAGGACAUGGCUAAUCUGAUAAUUCUUCCUUGACUUUACCCAGUUAUUCUAAUACCUCCUUUGGCUUUCCUCAUAUGAAUUUGUUCCUACCACCAUGUGUCUUGGGAUUUACCAGAGAUGGCGAGUCUGUGUCCCUUCGUGUUGCACCUAGGUAAACCCAGCACUAGCACUUGCCCUUGCAAAGCUGAGCCACAAAGCUACUACUGGACUUCUGACAUGUCCUCAAUGCAUUACCAGUUAUGUAGGAGAGACUUGGUCUCACAUGUUCUUAUUGUGCCUUGAGAAAUCGAGAUCGCCAACCGAGCUUAUAAAAUAACUGUCCUCUUCCUCAUCAGUAAUGACUCAAUGUUGUCCAUUGUGGUUCACUUCUGCAUAUUAGUAGUGGUGGUCUGCAAAUGGUAGAUCUUUGUUUCCAGUCUGUGAUUUGUGCAAGUGUCUUUGUUUCUUGAGGUUGCUAUGAAAAGGGGUGCUGUUUGUUUUCUGUCUGUGAGAGAAGCACUGGGAAAUUAAAUCCUGAAGCACUCAGGAGAGGUUUGAAGCUGAAGGAGUUGUGCUGGAGGGUUCAUUGUGGCUUGCCAGGCUUUGUAUUUUCUGACCAAGAAAUACUUACUUUAGCCCACUCCAAAAUGCCUUGUAAUCUUGUUUGCUCCAACAAAGACAGGCUGAGGUAGGUUCGUUCUCCUGUUGGAAGUUAUGACAAUUCUUAUUGUUUCAAGUGGGCCCUACCAUGUCUGCCUCUUCUGCAUACUGCCAUGCUGAUUUUCCAAAGAGUUAAGUGCCAUGUGGGUACCCACAAACUGCACAGUCCACAAAAAAAAAGUGCCUCUUUAGAUGCCUUUUGGAAAGCAAUACUAGCAUUCCAGACCAGCAGCCUCAGAAUAGCAUGGAAGAAAAGUCUUUGUCUUUUCAUAUGCUUUCAGAAUUGCAGCUAAUAAAGUCAGUGUUUUAUUUCUGGA